AUCCAUUGACACCCUAAGCCCUAAUUCGUAGUUACAGAAUGGGGAAGAGCAACAGAACAAAGAAGGGGAAGAAGAAGGAAGUAAAAGCUAAUGCUAAUCAGAAGGAAAAUGCUGCUAAUCAGAAGGAGGAGAAGAAAAAUGAAAAAGGCUGAGGUUAAUGCAAGUGACGGUGUUUCUCAAUCCACCGAUAACCCUAAUUUGAAUUUGCUUGCGGGACAUACUUAUGCUCUUAAGGGAAAGCUCUUAGAGAGAUUAGAUAUUACGUACAAACUUAUAAUGCGUAAACUUGUUAAAAUGAAAUAUGAUGAAAUAUCAGUGAGGAAUGCGAUGCAAUUUGCGAAUCAGCUUGUUCCGGGGAUGCUCCAGGGCAGAACAUUCUACAUAAUGUUGAAACUAGCGGGAUUCUGUACUUGGAGACUGAGAAGAAUUCCGAGCCUAUAAAUUUUGAUUGGGAGAUAUUACUUGUCGAUACUUUGGCCAAACUAGUUUUAUGGUUGCAGAAAAACAGCCGACAUAGUCCUUUAAGUGAAACCACGGCAAUGCAUAUUUUGUUCCUUAGUAACUUUACUCUUGACCAGGCAAGUAAGAUGGCCGUUGAGGACGUUGGAACCAGUUCUGGUACCGUUGAUAAUGUUGGUGCCAGUUCUAUUGGUGUUGGUGUUGAUGCUAAUGUGUCCUCCCUGGAUGAGUUCUUGGCAUCUUUAAGAAAAGAUAUUCAGUUUAUAAGUCAGCCUGGGUUCACUCUUGAAUUUAAAAAUUUGCUGAUUCAAUAUGUAACAGCUAUAGCUCACAGGUUUACUAAGUUAGAGGUUGGACAACUUGCCUGCUCUAAUAAAGAUGUUCAAUCUAUCUUAACACAUCUUCAGGAGUUGCUUUUAGGUGAAGCACAAAAGGAAACUGCUCUACAAACCAAGCUUAACCAGGCUACAAAACUUUUGGAGAGGCUUGGCAAUGAAAACGCGAGGCUCGGGGAAGAGCAUAAUGGUUAUAGGUCGCAAGUAUUAGAAUUGUUGGCCAAAAGCAUUGAUAAAAGCUCAAAAGAGAAAGCUUCAGAAAUUGUUGCUUUGAAGAAGAUCAUAUCACUACAGCACCAGCUUGAGGCUGAGGGGGAGUCUUAAGUGUGUGAAAAGGGCAUGGGUUUCACAAGACUUUAAAUAUGAUCCCUAUUCUGCUAACUAUUUCACUACUUAAGAUAUAUUAUGAACACUAUGAUGCAGCACAACAUGAAAAAUUGCAUAAAAAUCUGAUGUAAACCUUCAGUAAAAUGAAAUAGCAAAAGGUGAAAUAUAUAU